GCUGUCACAUCUGUUACUCGCUGUCAAGUGAAAAAUCCAAUUGUAUUAGUACGCGAUUUUUCGGUGAUUUUGUUUCAUUUCAUACAAUUGGGAUUAAAUUAAAUUAAAACAAAAUGUGGUACGAAAUCUUACCUUCAGCCGGCAUUAUCACCGCCGUACUUGCAGUGCCAGUGUAUGCAAUGUGGGGCAUCAACAAAUUGAGUCUGGGCAAUGCAUACCGCCGUAACAUGGACGAGCGCUACGAUCGAGUUUUGUAUCAACGCGACUUCAGACUAACCAACAAUCCGUACAUUCAAAAUGGAUUGGAGUCCAUUCCAGAUGAAAAAUGAAUGUCGUGUAAAUAUGCAAUAUAUCGUGUAAUAUUAACAAAAAAUCUUAAAUAAAAUAUGUAAAACUUUAA